GAUGACGACGUGCUGGCGAAUGAUCAGUCCCCGAUCUUGUGAAAACCACAGGAGGCAUCACGAGAGAACUCCACGAUCACAAGUGCCAAUUAGAAUGCGAAGGUUUGGGUCAAUGAGAAGAGUUGUAACCAAGCCAAAGACCCGGUCAUACUAGAAGAUACCAGGUACCGAGAUCCAAAGAAACAAAGGAAGAGAACACUGCUCUUGGUGGUUGCAUAAAAUCAGGUUUUGCACAAGCUUUCGAGCCCAACAACUAACUCUGGUUGAUUAUUUAAUCUCCCUCCAUCCAAAAUGAAGUUAUUUUUUUCCGCCCUUCUCGCGACAUCUUUGAGCGCUGCCUCGGCUGACAAGACAGUGUUUUCUGUCAAGGAUGACUUGUCCUUUGAUGAGAGUGGCAAGUUGGCUGCCCAUCAUAUGCUUUACCCUGCCGGCAAUUGGGAUUGUCCUGCUGCCACCGCUGCGGCUCCCCAUGGAUUUGAGUUCCGAGCUCUGGCUGGUGAAGCACUCCAAAUGGUGUUCCCCGACUACGAACCGGGGUCAUCGGCAUGUCCUGUUGCCUGUCCCGAGCUGGGAACUGACCGAUCGGUAGCUCAUGCCAUUAUGCCUCACAGACGCAAUCCUGAUUCCACAAAUAAUUUUAACGACUGGUUCGAAGGAAACUGCAAACGAGCCGAGGUCUGCCUCAUCAACUACCACAGUCGAGAGACUCCCGUGAAACUCUUUUGGGUCGACCGGGAUGGCAAUCCAAAACUUCACAUGGAAAUCGAGUACGGGGAACGCAAAACCAGAUGCUUCCACAGCUUUGUCGGUCACAGAUUCCAAGCUCAAGACGGUGAUACCGGGGCAGUUGUUGAGGAGUUUACCAUUGAACAUACCUUGUCCACUGCCAUUGGUGAAUCCCCACCUUCGGGGGAUCCUCAAGGACACAACUUUGACCGGGAAAUCGAGUCUACCCUUCGACACGAAUGGACCAAGCAUGAACGUAUCCAGCGUACCUUCAGCCCCUUGGGAUUCAAAAAGGCCAGACUACCCGAUGAUGUAUUUGCCUCCAUGGGAUCCUUCUACUUUAACAACCGAAACAAUGUGCUCAGAGAGGAAUGGAAUGGAAAGGGUGUCUUUGUGAACUGGUGGGAAACGGAUUGCUACUUUGUUCAAAUUCCCUGGGACUUGAAGGGAAAAUGGCAAGAACGAUUGAGGCUGCUUGUGGAGGCAUGGGCUGGAGUUCCUGUGGAGCAAACAGAUAUGUAUGGCCUUCGCCAGUAUGUUGAGGGGGCUCGCCUUUUGACACAUGUGGAUCGAGAAAGCACACAUGCGGUCAGUCUCAUUGUCAACAUUGCCCAGCACAACCUCACGGAACCAUGGCCCGUAGAAGCCAAUGACCACGCAGAUCGCCUGCAUGAAAUCAUUAUGCAGCCUGGUGACAUUGUCUACUAUGAGAGUGCCAAGGCUCUGCACGGCAGGAACCGCCCACUCAUGGGAGAGGAUGCCCGAUACAUCAACCUCUUUACUCACUACCGUCCUACUGGCGAUCCAAAAUGGAUGUUGAAGGCCAACCCCGAAGGUACACCCGAACCUGUCUUGGAGGUGAAAGGAGAAUGCCGCUUGCAAACGGUUGGCACUGCAGAGCUCCCCAACAAGCAACUGGGCAUUGUGGAGGCUGUCAAGUGCGAUGACGAGCGUCUUGGCGAUACUAUUUCUCCCACCCUCUUCACGGCAACCGGCGGAGAAGACCUGAUUGACUGGUGGAAGAUGACUGGCGCCAACCGAAAGAAGGCGACCUACAACAUUGAGUAGAGUACCGUAGGCAGUGAGGAGCCGUUUAGAGUCUUGUAGACGUUUAGAAUAUAAUUAUAAUAAGUACUGGUACUUGUUGAAUGAUG